AUGAUUGAGUUGCAUGUCUGGGGUGAUAACGAAGAAGUGUCAAUUAUAUCGCCAUCUUGUAUUGCAUCUGUAUGGCUAAUUAGUCUAAUAUCACAUUCGCAAGAUGUACCCUUCAAGAUUGUCCCAUCUAAUAACCCUCACUUGUCAAAGUUGAAUGAAUUACCACUUUUAAUCGACAAAGAGAGUCAAUACAGUGGGUUUAGGAAUAUUGCGACGUAUUUAACUACCAAGUAUGACAAUACUGGGCUCUUAUCACUUUCAGAAAGUCAAAAAUUGGUUGACGAUAGUUUGAUUGCCUUUUUUGAAACCAAGUUUGGGGCAUUAAACAAGUACAACCUUUUCUCAAACACUAAGAACUACGAAAAUUAUACGAGAAAACUAUUUGCAAAGUUUUUCCCAUUCCCGAUGAUGUACAAUCAGGCACUGAAGUUUUACAACGACGCUCAGAGCCAAGUUCGUUUGGUAGGAUUAGGAGAAAACAAGUCAUCAUUUUUAAACUUUGUCGGUAGUGGCGAAGAAACUAAGACGGAAUAUUUUAACAGUGAUCUUGAUGAAGAGAGUGAAACUUCGAGGGCUAUCAGCGGCCUUCACGAAAAGUCUUUAGUGCAAAAAUCCGAAACGAAGAAAGUCUUGAGAGAAUCCCAAAGCUCCAUGAAAUGCCUUGUCUUGGUUGAACAAUUAAUAAACAGGCUUGAGAAGUUAAAGAAAGAGCAUUAUGAAGGAGGUGGGUUUGUUUUUGGUGACCAACCUUCGGCCGGUGAUGUUUUGUGUUUGGCGUACAUCUUUGCACUUACGCAUUCCCAUCUACCAGAUAAAUUUAUAAGUAACUACUUGUCUUCUAAGGAGUCCGGCUAUUAUCAAGUCUUGCAGAAGUCAUUGCUUGAUUUAAAAUCUAAAGCACUGGUCGCGGGAUCAUUUAGAAAGCCAACGGGGAAGGAAAUACCCGGCCUCUAUAAUGAAGUGGGCUAUUGGACGGGAUUAGUUGAGUAUUAA